UGAGACUGCCUGGUGUCCAAAAUGUCGUCGCCAUUUCCACAAGGAAACGGAUGACAGUUGUCCGGCUAAGAAGAAGAAACGUAUGCCCGACCCCUCAGAAGAGCUUAUGAAUAGAAACGAAGAGGAGGAGGAUAAGGACCGGGACAAGGAUUCAGAGGACAGGAGGGAUGGAGCAGGGGGAGACAAAGGAAGAAGAACAAAAGAUCUGAAGAGAGGGAAAGGGAAAACGUGGGUUCAGGUGGUCAAGGGGAAGGAGAAGGGUCUGGGUCAUUCGGGGCGGAAGACGGGAAAAGGGAAAGGGGGACUAAAAGGGCCAUCAACAAAGGUGGCGGUCAAACGAGGUGGAAAAAAGGAGAAGAAGGUAGACGAGGGGAAGGAGGGGACAGAGGAGGAUCGAAGGAUGAAAGGACUGGAUGAGGGGGAUAGGGAGGAGAAGGUGGGGAAGGGAGAGGAACGUGAGGAUAAAGAAAAGGAGGAGAAGGAGGGAAGACCGGAUGGAGAGCGGGAAGAUAAAGAAUCUCAGGGAGAGGACCACACCGAGGUGAGGGAUAAAGGGAGUGGAAAAAUGGUGGUGGAGGCGGAUAAGGUGAAGGGUGGGACAGAGGAAGGGGCAGAGGAGGACCAAACGAAGAAAGGUUUAGACGAGGGGUGUAGUGAAGAGAAGGGGGGGAAGAGGGAGGACUGGACGGACAAAGGAGAGGUUGAGGGGGAGGUCAAAGGGAAUGAGGAAAUGAAUAUGGAGAUAGAUAAGGGGAAGGAAGGGACAAAGGAAGAGACAGAGGAAGACCGAAUGAUGGAAGGCUCAGAAGAAGGCAGCAGUGAAGAGAAGGUGGGGAAGGGGGUGGACCGGACUAAUAAAGGAGAGGAUGGGGAAAACAAAGGAAACCAGGAUGACGAGCAGGAAAGACAAGGAGUCCAGAGAAAAGAUCAUACCGAGGGGGGAAUUGGAAUGAAUGAAGUGGAAAAAAGGACCUGGGAUUCUAUAGAUCCCUGGGUCCAGACAAAAGAACGGAAGGAUGGACCACUGAAUUUUAACUUUGUUAAAAGUUCACAGGCCUCCUUCGACUUCCAAGGCCCCGCUUCGACAGACCAAAAUACCGUACGGGAGAACAGUAUGUCAAGGACGACCUCCAAGCCUGAUACCCAACCUCAGAACUCCCACUGCAGCGAAGGACCAGCCGCUGGAACGGGGAUUUCACCUCGAGUAACAAAGAGGAAGUCCCCUGUGACGGCGGAGGUGGAGACAAUGGGAGAGGAGGGAGGGAGAACAGAGGAUGGGAAAUCAGGGGAGGAGGGCCGUGACCUCGGGAUCUCGAGCUGAAGCUGGUUCUGGACAGCUACUGUGUUCUCUCAGAAGCUUCAAUAAAUUGGCAAAAAUCAC